AUGCCGGUUGUGGAAGGUCUCAACGACUACCAGCUCUUUCGUGCGUGCGGUCCGCUCUACCCCGCGUUCGCCAUCGAGAGCCUUACCAGCAUCAUUCUUGGCUUCUUCUUCACCUACCUCGCCCUGCGCAUCGUGGUGAGGACCGAUGUGAAGAAGCCGAUCAAUGCUUCCUGGCGCAUGUUUCGGGACUACAUCACUCCAGUCGCGGACCAAUGGUGGACUCUGAUGAAGACCUGGCCGGACAUGCCGAACAAGCCGUGCGCAGAUAGAAUUACGUACUGUCGGAACCUCAACAUCGCCAUGUGCCUGGCGCAGGCGUUUGCGGCGUUCUUCUCGGUGUUCCGAUGGCUGCACAUUGGCAAUGUGAAUGGUCUCCGGUACCUGGGCUACGCCUUCACCUGCUCACUAAUGCAGGCAGAGCUCGUGGUCCUCAUCGCUCCCUAUGUUCCUUGCUACAAGUUCAACAUUGUCUCCGUGGUUCUCUUCACCCACGCCUUCCUUAUCUGCGGAUGGAUCGGCUCCUUGCACAGAGGCUUCCUGUUUGAGGAUGCCUCUUGGGAGCUCUUCCAAUUGUCCUGGGAGGUCUCCGACCUGGUGAUCACGAGCAAGGGCGUGGCCAUUGGCAUCACGACGUGCUGCCUUGCCUUCCUCUGCCUCGUGCAGAUGCCCUUCCUUUGCUUCUGCUACUUCUGGGCAGGAGGCUGUCGGGCCCACAACGACCUCCCCUACUACUACCUUCGCCUGAUGUUCGCUGUGUGGUUCACGUGGCCGGCAUUUCCGGCCUGGUGGGCAGUUUCCGCGGAAGGCCUCGGAGUCCUCGGGGAUGCGAAGAGCAACGCCGUGGGUUUUGCCAUCCUCAAUAUGAUCUCCAAGGGCGGCUUCACCAUCAACAUGCUUAAGAUUGGCGCGGACCACCGCCGCAGGUGGCCCGAGCUGGUGCCAACGGCCAACGGGACUCAGAACUGGCUGGUUGGGAAGCUCCAGGAAUAUGAGUCCGAUCGCAAGGAGAAGAAGCUUGUGGGCACAGAGGGGCCGGAGAAGGACGCCGAACUGAAGGAGAAGAAGCUUGUGGGCACAGAGGGGCCGGAGAAGGACGCCGAACUGAAGGCUGCUGGAAAGGGCAUCGACACACUAUGGGUGUGA